GGUCAUAAUGUGCAAGAAAUUCGUGUGAGAGCACUGAAGAACAUUUUGUUUAAGUUAGACCACAAGCUGGUGUGUGCAGCAGAUCUGGUUCAUGAAAGGCAGCUGUUGAUAAAUCUAUUGCAAUGGUUUAACUUCCCUAACCCUCCACUAAAGAAGGAGGUUUUAAGCAUUCUAGAAACUUUGUCCAAGGUAAGUGGAAUAUAUGUAGGAACUGACUACAUCAGAAAUUAAUUUAUUAGGAAUGGGACAAUGAUUGUUUUCAUUACUGCCAUGUCAUAUCAUCAUCAUCAUCAUCAUCAUCAUCAUCAUUGUAGGAAGUUGGCUAAGAUAGUGAAGACAUUUCUUACAUAUGAGAAAAGUGGCUUACCAAUGAUGUUCAAAGGUAAAUGGAAGUUCCUUGGAAAGCCAUUCCUAAUGCUCCCAUUACUGCCUUCAUUUCUGUUGUAAUUUAGAUUAUUAUUAUUACAAAAUUGACCCCCUCUCUGCAGGCUAUAAAUUGGAGAGUUCAAUAUUAUUAUAAUUUACUCAUUAUAUGAAGCACUUUUAUGUACAGCCGUAGUAACCUGGUAUUAUUAUAUUAUUUUGUUCUAUUAUACACCGUUCUAAGACUUACAUACUGUUAUUUCAGCCUGUCUCUGGUGCAGAAGGUUUGCUGAGUAUUGGUGCAAUAGAGUUUCUGUCACACUUGAGACAAGAUAUUGAUCCUGAAUUGUACAAGAAUGUUGAUAAUGUGAUCCAUCAGCUGCUCAGCUUGCCGCAAAAGGAUGCAGCAGAUCAAGAUCAGUUGUGUUUAUACAAGGAUCAUGAAAACUCUGUCAAGAAUGAUCAUCAGCAGUCUUCCGGUACAGGGAGUGUUGAGUUCCUUUUUCUGUAUUAUUUUUAAUUUUUCAAAAAAUUAUAUUAUUCUACUAAAAAAAAGAACACAGUUUUCUAAAAGAAUCUACUCUUGAGCUAGCCUGUGCCAGAGACAAAACCAAACCUCUUGGUAAGUCUGACUUCAUGCCAGCAGCAAAACCCUUGUCCCGCAUCUCCAGCUUUGCACCAGCAUGAGAGUAUGCUACAUGGUUGGUCUGUUUAAAAAGCUGUUGUUGAUUUGCCAAUCAGACUGAGGGGAAAUUUGAAACGUACUUUCGAUAAUUUGUUGAAUCCAUUGGGGGCCUACAACAAGGAUCAUGGCACUGCUUCACAGACUUUAUAGCUCGGGUUAGAUUACAUCUGCAAAGCAGGCUACUCUUGCGCAUAAAUGACAAAAUCUACCCACAGAUCAUUAAAACUAAAAUGGGUUAAAAUAAUGAGAAAAGACUAUUUUUAGCAUUUUUGAUUAACAUCAUUUAGACCUAAACUACCCAUGUUUACCCAGUUGGAACUGUGUCCCUUGCACCUUUUGUAACAUAAAUAAUAAUACAUUUGAAUCAAUUUGCAUUGUGACUAAAAUGGUUUCCCUUUUUGCCCAUCAUACUUUGCAUCAACAAAGUAGUUUUAUGGGAAGGCACACCUGUUUCAGUUUUCACUAUUUGUCAAGUUUAAAAUCAAAGUUGGACCAAUGGUUUCAUGCUGAUACAGUAUGAGGCCUUAAAAACUAACUUUUAUUUUCAGGCUUUUCAAACACUGGGCAAAGAGAGAAGAUAUUGCAGACAAAGUCAACAUCCUCAAGUGCACAGCUGGCACCUUUUGGAGAUGGUUUCCACCCUGCUCGUGGGACAAGUCCUGUUAGAGGAUUCUUUGAGGAAAGAGAAGGUCAUGAUACAACUCAAAGUAGUCUGGUUUCUUCUGUGAAAAUGAGCCAUAGUACUGAAACGUCUUCAAGUAAGCAGUACACAGUUAUUUAUUUAGAAUUUAGCUCUUAUGUGGGAUCUUGUGUUAUAAUUAUAGAGGGUGUCGACUGAGAAAUUGGUCAAGUGUCGGUCACCGUAAAUGUCGAUAUAUUAGCCAAGUAUCAGUCUAAUUGUUCACACUUAAGGACACUAUUUUUGCCUUUCCCACUAAAGACAGGACUACCAUUUUAUGUGGUCAUCUGAGCCAUGAGACGGCCUAGCUGUUUGCAGGGUGAAGGUAGAACCUUUGUCUCUUAGUUGUUUUAAGACUGUGGGUAUUGUUCCAUUCCUUGGGAUCAAAUCUGUAACAUCCCGCUCUGUAGUCAAAGGCUCUACUGACUGAGUUAGUCCUGCUGCCUAAACAGCAACCUCCUUUGCCAUCUUCUUUCACAGUACUGCUUCUUUGUCUGUAAUGCCUUCAAUGGUCUAAGUUUUACAAAAGGUAAGUUCCCACCUUACUACUUAAAAGUCUGUACACACAAGCUGUCAUUUUAUUUGCAGGAAUGAGCUUUAGUGACAGCAAGUCAAGCCUGACAUUUGUUCCUUGGCUCUCUUUGUCAGCUAGUGACAGACAUAUUCUGUCAGUGACAGCGAGCCGCCUACAGAGUCGCAGUUUUUCUCUGGUGUCUAAGUCCUGUGAGUUUCUUAGAAAUGUGCUGUUCAAAGAUUUUCCUGCUGAAAUAUUCCUGCACAGACCAAAUGUGCUUCAGGUAAAAUACAAUAAUAUUAUUUAUUUGGUUAAAUGUUAUUAAAUUUUAAUAAGUUAACCACCACAAAAUUCGUGGUCAAUUGGUUCAUGAGCUUAGCAGUCAAGUGGUUCACAAGCUUGGUGGGCAUCCAGCAGUCAAUCCCAUAAGUGCAGGCUCACAUGGUACGUGGUAGCUUUGUCACUACUAGGAUUUUUGAGUUCUUUGUUGAGUGUUUGUCCAGCGGUCUAUGGAGCGGUUGCUUUAGCGUCUUCCCCUCCUCCCAUCCCUUAUUUUUCUUCCUUCCACUGUUUCAUCAGUGUGACAGGUGCCUGGAAUGGGGACUCAUGGCUGGGUUGUGGGGAUUUGCCACCCAUGGGGGCAGUAUUCUGAUCACAGUGGAAGCCCCUGGGUAUCCCAGGCAUCCACCUUCUACUUAAGUGAGACAAUUGGUUAAAUUUAUUUUUUUAUAUGACAUGCUUUAUUACAUCUUUUCUAAUGCAACUACAUAGCCUCUACAUGACAGUUAGGACUUUGCAGUGUAACUACCAUUGGUAUUACAUUGUAAAAAUGUUGUCUCAGGUUUAAACAACAUUCAACCUGUUAGGGGUACACGUAGCUUCUUGAGAGAGUCAAUAACCUUCAUGGUAGCCUAUACUAUAAGCUGACUUGUGGUUUAACCUGACAGUGGCGUAUCCAGACCUUCAGAUGAGGGGUGGGGGGGGGGGGGGGGGGUUGCCAUCCACAACCUGGGAUAAGGGGUACCCAGUUUUCAAAAAAACUUUUUUUCAGCCUUUUGGGCCUCAGUUUGGUGUAAAAAUAAGCGGGGGGAACGGGGGCCCCAGACCCCCCCCCUGGAUCCCCCACCGCCUGCGAUUAUCUCUUGGAGUUGUUACUCGAUAUGAGUGGUGUUUGUGUGUAUUUAUUGUGUUUUUGGUUUUCUUGUGGUGGAUGUGGCGAGGAGGUCGGGUGUUUGGUGGGUUGGGGGGGGGGUGGGGGGGGGGGGGGGUGGUGGGUGGGAUGGGGGGGGUGGGGGGGUGGGGGGGGGGGCGGGGGGGGCGGGGGGGGGGGGGGGGGGGGGGGGGGGGGUUGCCAUCCACAACCUGAGAUAAGGGGUACCCAGUUUUCAAAAAAACUUUUUUUCAGCCUUUUGGGCCUCAGUUUGGUGUAAAAAUAAGCGGGGGGAACGGGGUCCCCAGACCCCUCCCCUGGAUCCACCACUGCCUGAGAAUGAAUGUUACCCACAACAUUAUCACUCAUGGAAGUAAUACAUCAAGAAACAAAAUGUACAUGUGACCAACCAGCUGAGGUAUAUAGAGCCUUAAUUGUAGGGUGCAAGAAAGUAGUAUAGAGAAGUUUACAUGGCCAGUUGGAAAAAGGGGUUUUCUCCAAUUAAAUCUUUCUUCAUCCGACUUCAAAUUGGGCACUUACAUGUAUAUUAGAGAUGGACUGUGAUGAUUAUUUCCAACAUGGUGAUCAAGCAUUUCAUAAAGGCAAAAGAAUAACCUGCUUGUUUGAUUGUUUUGUUCACUUUAGUCUCUCUUGGAGCUUUUACAAAGCAAGAUUCCUAUAGAUGAUGACACUAGUAUUGUCCAUAGUGCCUUACAAUGUCUCUGUGACUUAACUCACCAUCUUUAUGUAAGACUCACUGCAGUGUCUGAUCCAGUGCUCUUCUGUCCAGAUCAAGGUUUGUAAUGGAUAAUUUCUAACUUGAAACUUUGAUCAAAACGGAGAGCAAAACUUCCAUGCAGAGAUGCACAAUGUGCUAUCUUUUAUGUUGAAUUUAGAAACUAAUGUUAACAAAUGCUGCCAACAUGAAAGGUGGUGAAGUGGAGACUAACAAACAAACUUUUACUGUUGAUAAAAACAACCAUAUUUUAUUCUGUGCCAGAAUAAGAAGGGUAUUAUUGAUUCUGAAAGCUCACAUGUUUUUAGCUUGAUUUUGUUAGCAUAACAUUUUAAAAGGGGUUCUGCACAAUCUCUUUGUCCAUUUUCUGUGACAAGCUUAAGGUGCUUGGUUGAAGAAAUAUGUGCAAUAUAUUAUUAUUCUAUGUAAAACAUUACUAACAUUAUUUUACUGCUGAUAAUUUCGACAGAUUGUUGGAAGUACAGACACAUUUCAGUGUCAGUUGAGACAAACAGUCAAGGUACUGAUCAGGAAAUGGCUGAACACGUCAGGGAAACUGGGGAUGGAGGAGUCGACAGGUGUUUAAACCAUUUAAAUGUUAAGAACUUAAUUUUGCAGUCAAUUUAUGCCAUAGCAGAUAACUUUGUAAGAUAAACAGUGUAAUAGUACAUUGGUCAACCCUGCCGUUCCUCAGCUGAAACAUCGCCAAGACAGACACUUAUAUUAGUGGCAUUCCCAACAAUGACCAUCUUUAAGAGGGACCACUGUAUUUUUCCACUUUUAAAAUUAUACUUUGGCCAGAUACAGCUCAAAUUUUUGUUCAGAGUUACCCUGCACUAUGAUAGGGUUAUACCUAACUCAGACACUCCCUUUUUAGUACCUUGAGUCCUCCAACACAAAGUACGCACCCUAGAAAGGGAGCCCUGGGCAACGUCCUUUGAAUAACCAAAGGUAACUGAAAAAAAUGGUGUAAAAUCCAACAUGGACCUUUUCAGCCCUGGGUGCUCAAAGUUACUUCCAACAUUGUCAAGUAGUGCUGACUGUGUAACUGUGAUACAACUGUUUGCUUGAAUUCUAGUGAGGACCAGUCAAGUUCCAAUCUGUCUGACAACAAAGCUUCUCAAGCAAGUGAUGAUGAUGAUGAUGAGGAUGAAAUGGUGACAGAGGCGCUUCAGUUUAACCAACUGUCCUUGGAGGAGUAUUGCGUGAUUCUGCUUGCCAGGGUAGUACCCAUGUUCAGAGGUCCCCUGUGUGCAGAAACAGGCAUCAUUGAAUCUGCUGUUAACUUGCUCCAUGGGGUUUUGAGUUUAUCAAAGAGAGUUUUUCCUCCUGAUCUUUGGAGGAGUGGAACACAGUUAAACUCACUAAUGGUUAGUAAAAAAACUGUUCAAAACUUUCAACAUUUUUUUCUUCAUCAGAUACUGAUAAGGGCUCAAUAACCGGUCAUUUUGUGCGUCUUUGUUCCUUUGUUUGCAUCAUGUUGUUUGGAGGGGUAUGACUGGGCUCCCUCAAAUGGCUGGAAAUCAAGCCAAGUGUUGAUGUAAAGGAGGGUUUUUUUGGAAGUUUGUCAGACUGCUGUGGGCUAUAUGGUAGCAACAUUUAUUUCAAGCACUUCCUGGGUUGCAUUCCUAGUAACGUAUAAAAUCCUGGGUACAUAGUAGAUACUUUUUUGCUAAAGCUAUGAUUUCCUGGUUGCCCGGAGGCAAGGUGUUGAGUUUCCAGUGGCCACAAGGCUCUGCUAGAGUAUUGCCCUGAAAUUACCUCCUGAAUAACUGAGACUACGUGUAGUGCUAUGACUGUUGAGGGCUACAUGUAUGUGAAAUCAAUUUUGCUCUCUCUUGCUGUUGUUUUUGUCUAUCUAUUUAUCUUGUUUCUUUCAUAUUCCAGGCAACAUCACUUAUAAAUAUUAUGAAGGGGUUGAGUGAAGGUAUAACACACCACAUGAAAUUUUACAUCCAGCUUUUCCAAGAUGAUCAUAGAGAAACAGAUACCACACCAUCCAAGCAAAGUCUACCAAUACACAGAUUGACAGUGGUAAAUCUGGCAACAUUCCUUAUGCAGUUUCUUGAGAGCUUGAUUCCCCUGGAAAUGGUAAGCUAGAAAGUUGUGAUAGUGCUGCAAUAGUACAUGUAGCAAGAUGAUAUUAAGCCUGCUAUACAUGUGAAUGAAUACCGUGUUCUCUAUGCAGGCAGUCUGACAUCUGAUCAGUCUUUCAGUCAUGGUUAAGCAGUGAUCAUUCAGUGUUCAAUCUAGGCCUCGUUUUUGCGUUUUUGACGCGGAAUAUUUUUUCUCACUCAAAAUGAAAUUAUCUUGGAGUCAUACUGAUACAAAAAAAGCAACCUCAUAUAUACGUACUUCCAAAGCAGCAGGCAAUGAUAACAGUAAAAUAAUGUAAAAAAUUGGUGUGCUUACUAGCCCCAUUUAGCAUGCGAAAUGACUGUCAUUUCAGACUACUUGCUUACAGUACUUUGUCAGGCAUUCCACCCAAUUCAGGAGAGACUGGAGCAUACAUUUCAACUUUCUGCAUAUGAUGCUUUGCCAAUCAAUUCACGCUUCAUUUGUUGACUUUUUUAUUUUGUUUUCACUUCAAUAUUAAACAACAACAAAAGAAAGAAAAUAGCAGUUGAACCUGAAAAGCUUGAAGAUAGGCUGGAUGAGGAUGGCAGUGAAGCUGGAGAACUCAGAAAUCUGUUUAAUGAUGUCUGUUGUUCAAGGUUUCAAUAUUAUAAAAGUCUGACCCAGACUAUUUUUGAAAUGACCCAAUUGAAAAUGCCAUGUGGGACUAUGACCCACUUUGACUAUAAUUUCUAGCUUGAACACUGCAUAUUAUAAAUAAUAAACAGCACCAGGCCUUUUAGUGGAACUCAUUUGAAUGUUAACACCACUAAAUCCAACCUAAGUGGAGCACUCAAAAAUUAAUGAUAUGUGUUAACUUAGUUUAAAGAGAUGGAAUAAUUAAUUAGGGAUACUUCCUACUAGCAAACUGCAUCUUUUGUAGGUUAAAGAAAUUGCCAGGUUAAACCAGUGUUUAACCUAGUUUGAAUUAAUUUCCUUUGCUUCCUGGCCCCAAUUAUUCAGAUUAGAUACAGGAAAUCCUUGUUUAACCUGAGAGAGGAUUUUGCUCACAACAUAUCUAUGUCAGUUUUUGUGUUAGAGACGUUUUUGCUCUUUAUUAGAUAAUUAGCGACUCUUUAAUACAAAGACAGCUAAUUGAACUUUUUGUUAUAGUCUUCUAAAGUGAUUCCUUCUGAAGUUACAACAGUCCUGUGGUUCCUUUCCAUGGAUGAACUCUUGGCUAUCACUCACUGUCACCUACAGCCUGUGGCAAUGAAAUUCCUGGCUACUCUGGAUCCUUAUUCUCACAAACUCUGUCUUUUCACCCAAGACAUAUGCAAGUCAAUGGCGAGCACAUGCAAGUUUUUGAAGACCCGUAGAGUCAAGGUGCUUUGUACUGAUUGUUGUGUGUCCGUACACAGAUCCCAUUUUUGAAGACUGAGGAAAGGCCAGUUAGAAACAAGAGGAAAAGUGGGCCUUGUUAGCUUCCGCAAAAACUUCCGGGACUGUUACUGGGGAUGCGCCAGUCAGCUAUUGGCCAAUUUGUUUUACCUGUCCCCAGUAACACUCCCAGGGGCCUAUUUCUCGCAAGUCCCAGUAACUUUUUGGGCCCGAAAUCAAACAUUCAAGUCUAAAUUUAAAGAAUAAGAGUGUGAGUUCAGGCUAGCAAACUACUCCAUUUUGUUUCACUAACUGAUAGUUUUAUCAUGUUAGAUGCAAAACUAUUGAAACCUCGAUCUUUUAUGUAAACGGAGACAGCUUACCGGGCCUGUUAAUUAUCGGGACUUUUAAGAAACGGGCCCCAGAAUUCUUUGAGAAAGUUAACUUAGCCCAUUUUUCUGCUCAAUUUUAAAGUAGCGAGUUAGGAUGCAUAUUUACUGGGGAACUAUUCCCAUGAGCUGCCUCUGGGUCUUUGAGGAUGACAGCUUUUUAAUAUCAAAGCAAGCGGAUGUUUCAGCCUAAUUUAUACAAUCUGCAGUUUGUUAAUACUUUUAAACCUAAUAGUGGCCAAUGUAACAGGUGCCCAAAAAUUCCAAAUUUCUUUUUGUUUAAAAGAAUGUAAAUGUUUUAAGAACUAGCACUGUGCUCUAGCAGUGUCUUUUGGUGGCUGGUGCCUUUUUUUUGGUCUUGGGCAACUGGGAAAUCCUCUAUUUUUUUUUCUUAGAAAUCAUAAGCUGGGCACCCUGGAUUUCACAGGUUCAGAGCCCUGGACUCACUUCAUUUUUUCUUAGAGCACAGCCUUGAAGAACCAUGCAAAAGCUCUGUCAAAGAGGUUUUAAAUAGUAACACCACAGGAUUUCAUCCACAGAUUACUUACAUGUCGGAGUGACAAAUCAUCCGGCUGAUAACUUGUUUUCGGGGUGAAAGGGUUAAUCAAGGUUGUAUAACCCUUCAAGUCCCAGUAUCCACAAUGACAUGCAAAUUCUGUCCAUACAUUUCUUUGAAAAAUUAGUUGAUAGAAUUUGUUAAAAGAUCAAAGCAUUUUCCCCUUUGGUAAUUUUUAUUGAUUCUCGCAACCUUUCUACAUGAUUAUGUAUUGCUAUUGUCAGUAGAAAACUUAUUUUGGUCAUGCUUGUGACUCUAGGGAAUUGAAAGAACAACUGUAGUAGAUUUGAUCACGUUAUGCCAUUGGCAACAACAGAAAAUUAAAAUAAACAAAUGAAGCUAAAAUAAAAGAUGAAUACAUUACUACACUGUAGUACAGUGUUUUGGUUUUCACACUUCUUUUUCUUUCAUAGGAAUUAAGGAGCUCUCUAAAAGAACUGUGUGACUUGGUAGAAAUGUCUGUGUCUAGCGUGACCUAUCACAAACACUCAGGGUUUAUCUGUGAGGCUGUGAAGAUCUGCAGUGAUGUCUGCAAUCCAGUAACUGGGGCAGAUGAAAGAGCCAUUCCUAUUUGCCACAAGAUAGUGUUGCAGUUGCUUGCACAUCCUGAUCCUGAUGUCCGAUUACAAGCUUACAAAGAGUCUCUGAAUCUAGUGAAGGAAGCCUGCAGUGUUAGUCAUGUUACUGAACCAUUGUCCAUUAUUUGUCAGAAAGCUUUGUUUCUGUUGAACAGGGCUGUGCUGCAUCAAAUCUGCUGCUUUGGAGUUUAUGAUGAAGAAGGGAAGGUAUGAUGUGUACGGUAGUUUCGAAAACGAAGCACUCGAAAACGAAGACCGAAGCACGAAGCACCCAAAUCUCGAAAACGAAGCACCCAAAACUUGAAAACGAAGCACCCUAAACCUUCGAAAGCGAAGCACCCAAAACUCGAAAACGAAGCACCCUAGAUCGAAAACGAAGACCACAAAAUCUCGAAAACGAAGCACUCAAAUCUCGAAAACGAAGUACCCAAAACUUGAAACCACUGUAGGCUGUACGUCUUGCAUGACGCAAUCCGAAUCAGGUGGAGGCAGCGCAGCGGAUGCGUCCGCACCUCCAAAGGUCCACAAAAUCCAUCCCAAGGUUUUAUAAGAGCCUGCCAACUGUUUAACUGAACGUUUCUAGAUGGGAUAUAGUGUAUUAAUUUUAUUAUUGGUCUCGCUAUACGUGAUACAUCUUACCUUAAUAUGCGUUUUUUCGGUACACAUGCAGGGCCGUAGCCAGGAAGAAACUACAACCGAGGCGAACACACGGUCCGUUGUACGAAAUCAGCCGUAUGAAAUCUUCUAAUAUUAUCAGUCUGAUAAAAAAAAUAAAAAUCGACAGUAUUUGGUAAAUUUUGCCACAAGAUAGUGUUGCAGUUGCUUGCACAUCCUGAUCCUGAUGUCCGAUUACAAGCUUACAAAGAGUCUCUGAAUCUAGUGAAGGAAGCCUGCAGUGUUAAUCAUGUUACUGAACCAUUGUCCAUUAUUUGUCAAAAAGCUUUGUUUCUGUUGGACAGGGCUGUGCUGCAUCAAAUCUGCUGCUUUGGAGUUUAUGAUGAUGAAGGGAAGGUAUGAUGUGUACAGUACAUAUGGCUUAUUCUCUGGGCAGGUCUUUUUCAUGAAUCAAGGUAGCUCAAACAGUUAUAGACCUGAUAACUUAUAACAAAAUUGUCACUCUUCUUACCACCUACAUGUCACUGAUCACUUGCUACUGAAACACCACUGACACCACUGAAACACCUGCCUAGCAGCACAUUGUGAUUUUGAUCUUUGUUUUUGAACUUCUUUAGCCAUUUCAAACAUUGUCCGUGAUUAUAUUGGUAUGACUGCCAUAAAUCUACUACCAGGAUCUCCAUCUAUGACGGCAAUUUCAACCAUUACCAGCCUUAUUGCACACCCUUGACAUCAUGAUCACGGUCACCGUCUCCAAUCACCAGCUUGUUAAUUUCAGUUGCCACUGCUACAUGCAUGUGUUUUGCACCUACAACGGUAGCUUUUAUCUCUCUAAGCUCCUCUGUUUCUUUGAAAGUGAUCACUAUCAGCUCACCAAGAUCAGAGUCAUCCUGUUAACUAUGGGCCUUCAGUUGAAAUAAACAUUGUUACUGUUGUUAGAAUCUUGAUCGCUCUCAUCUUAAUUAAUCAUGAUCAUGGUAUUGCUUCAGCUGUAUUUACAUCAAGGCUAUUAUCAGCACAUAAUGAUAGUGAUCAUCACAUUGCAAUCUUGAUCAUCUCAUCUGGUUGGAAUAAGGUUUCUGAUCAUUAUGUAAGUUUUGCUGAAGUGUUACACUUACUUUAAAUUCUGCUUUUCACAGAUCAGUGAUUUAGCUUUAGAGCUCAUCACUACCCUGCUUCUUGGCCGUCUAAGCAUGAGCGGAGAACUUUGGAAGAAGUUACUAGAUGGGUUGGUUGUUUCUCUACCUCAGCUUCAAGGUUGUGUUCUUAUGGAUCCUGGGUUGGACCAAUGUAUACUGGAGCUUGUAGCUACGCAUGGUGUUACUGGAGGACAUGUAUCUGCUGAGGGAGACAUAAUAACUUUACCAGCAUUAGACAGGCUGAGAGGAGCACUGAGACUCAUGUUUGUCACUGACUCUAAGCUACGGACCAAAGGCUUUGAGUCAGUUGUAUGGAGUCUCACAAAUGACGCAAGUCGUGAAAAAAGAAAGAGCUUGGUUCAUGGAAUCCUUGCAGAGAAAGCUGCAGACUUAUUUAUCGUGGAUCAGAUUACCUCUGCUGUAAAUGCACAUGUUCCUGUAUCACAUACGAGUGUGGAUACAAGUGAAGUUCUUAACCUACAGUCCAUAUUGGCUUCUUCACCCCUAGAUGUGGCAUUAAGGAAGUCUUCGGCUCAGCAGCUAGCCGUUAUUUUACAAGGUAUGUGCAACAGAUAUCAUAGAUUAAAAAAAAGAUGAAGAGCAACAAUGUUUCAAUAUUCACGACAUCACUAUGUUGAGUGAUAAAUGGUUACUAAAAUCAUCUGUUAUCUUAAAGUUUUGUACUGUAAUCCUUAUGAAGGGUGACUGUAAGCAUGAUUCACAAAUUGCUGUCAAUUUUAAGCAAAACUAGUACCCCUCUUAUUGCCUGUCAGUUUUUAUUAAUCUGCCAUCCAUUGAGAACUCUCAUCAUUAUCAUUACUGCACUUUUCAAAAACACGUUAAUUCUGAAGUUCAAAACCCAACUGAUGUUUGCAUUUUUCGCUGCUGUCAAUCAUCUCAGCUGACCUCUUAGGAACAGAAGUUUACUUCAACGGGCUCAAAAGGUCAUGGUUCGUGAUUUGUGAUUGGUGGAUUUCGAUCUGUUUUGCAUUUCUCUGUUUCAAGGUUCAUUGCUUGGGAUUGUAAUUAUGAUUGAUGGCAGAGAAAAAUGCAUUUGUGAAGGCGGCUUUUGAACUUCAGAGUUCGCGUCUUUUUGAGUCUUUUUUUAGUCUCAAAAAGUCUGAGAAUUUUUAGCAUUGUAGUAUCGUAUUUGUAGUAUCAUAUCAUAUUCUCUCCCUCACUGCAAUGUUCAAUAGUUCUCUGCUUCAGUCUUUUUUGUGACUUGCAUUUUUUUAGACUCACAGUGGCACGAACCUCUGCUGAAGGAACACACAGAUGAAGUGUGUGUAGCUAUCCUUUUAGAAAUAAUGGAACAAGAUGGCCCACUACACUCUUCAACCACACCAUACCCAAGGAUGGAACUUGUACCUCCUUGUUUGACCAUCCUACGACUGCUGGCAGAGUACAAUGCUUCCUGUAGGCACAGGCUGGCUACAAAGUACUCCACAUAUACUUUAGUUACAAGGUACAUGUAAGCACUUGGAUGUUUGGUGAUGUUUUAAGCAACUAUCAAAGCAUAGGGAAAAGGGUACUUACAGUGACAAUAAAGAAGAAAUUUUUACAUUUUCAGGUUAUGAAAGCCAAGCUAAAAUAAAACCCUUAAGCCUUAAAACUCUGUGCAUCCUUAGCUAGUUUUCCAAGAACUUGGGCUUAUGACUUCACUGCUCAACUGCACUCUACCUUGUAUCUUCUUGUCUGAGCUCUUGCUCUGAGACAACUGUACAGUGCUUACUUUUGGCACAUAAGAUACUUAAUACUCUUGUUACAAGGUUAACCUGACACUGAAUUUUCACUAUCUUUUUAGAAGUAAUGAAAACACCCAAGUAACUAACAUUUAUACUUACAGUAUCACUAGAGAUGGAAUAUAUGAUUAUAUAGCUAAGUUCCUUGGGCUGAAAAAUACUAUUUAUAGCAAGUGUUUUUGUUAGACCUGCAGUCUACUGUUUGUCGAUGUCUGCUGUUUAUUGUUGCUUAAACCUUUAUGUCAAUUUAUCUUCAUCAGAAGUGGAGGAUGGUUGAAGUCUGAGAUCAUCAACCUUAUUUCAAGCUUUGAGGAAUUGCCUCUCCUACCCACAUACAGGUGUACCCUAUCCCACUGAAACCAUUGAUUCAAAGGGAAUGUGAAUUAUGGUUGUAAUAAUGAUGAUAACAUAAGGGUACGGGGGUUCUCAUUGAGUGCCGGCAACCGGUUAAAAAAACGCCUACUUUGAGGUCUGAGAUGUGUACUUUUGUGGAAAAAUGGGUAAAGUGAGAGAGUGAAAGCCUGAAAUUGCCUACAACACUUGAUUACCAAGCGGCCUACUUUUAUAUCCUAGCUGUCUACUUUAAAACUUAAUGAGAACCCUGGCGGUUCAUACAGCUAUUUUUAAAAAUGAAUCAAUGAUCAGCUAGUUUACAGUAAUAUGUUUUUUGUAGAUAAAUCAAUGAUAAAUACUGAUUUGUACAGACAGAAGGCUUUUGUCAUAUUCUGUUUUUAGGUGUGCUCUCUUAUGCCAGUCCAGUGGUCAAGUUAGGUAUGAGGCUGCUUGUCUGAUGGUUCUCCUGCUCUUUGACGAAGUUGCUAUGGCACUGGGUGACAAAGUUAACAGCAUUCCUUUCAGUUUGCCAAAGUCUUUGGUGAGAAGGUAGGUUUCAGGCUAACUUGUUCAAAUGCUAGGCAGCGCUAUCCACCAGAUGAGUAUUAAGGAAACCAACUGCAUUUAAUGUACAGUGGAUUGUGGUUUAUCCAGUGGAUAACGUUAUCCACAUUUUAGACAACUGAGGCCUGAUGUUAAGUUUGUGGGAGGUGUGCACUACAAAUGACAAAAUUUUGUCUGAAUGUAGCAUUAAUUUUCUUUGGGUUAUCUGAUGCCGUUAAAUAGAAUGCCAUGGUUAUGCUUUUGAAAGCAUUAUCUAUAAAUCCUUCACCACAAAAUAAAGUGUAGACAAUAUUGGCGGCUUGACCAUCCUGGUGCAAGAGCUGUUUUCCAUGUCUGGUUGUAAGGUUGAGCACACCAUCAGAAAAAGAAUCUGUGUAUAGGAGAUGAGCAAACGUGGUGGCCAUGCAAAUGCUUAUAUUAAAGAAGGUACAACACUUGGGAAGUAAUGUCUACUGUAGUAUUCAGGAGUCAGUUUGAUAAAACAUUUACAAGUGUGUAGCCAUUGUUCUAAAACAAAAUUAUUCCCAGAACAGCUUUAUUUUGUCAGUAACUUGUUUUACCUUUACACCUGCCCCUGCGUAGAAUUUAGUCUACAGACUCAAAAAUUACACCUACAUGCCACCUCUCUAUAAUUCUGGGAGUCAAAUGUUUAACUUACGAAAUUUGUUAUUUGCAGGCAAACUGUUCAUUUUAUACCUUUUUUUUAAGGCAGUGUUAAGUGUUUUUAGAGCUAACUAGUUUGCAUUUGCUCCACAGAUAUCAGUUCCCGUUUGCUCCACCUGUCCACACCCCAGUAAGUGUUCAUCAAGUACCAGACUUCCAGCUUAAAGAUUCACUCACUUCAGAACCAGCCGUUUCCAGGCUAAGGCUGGCCUGGAACCUAGGUUGGCAUGAAAAUAUUGAGAACCUGUCUAGAGUAAAAGGUGUGGAGAGCACAAGGCAGUCAGACAGAGAUGUGGGGUAAGGAUAGGAUAUCUUAUUUCUUCAGCAGCUUUUGAACCAAUAAGCUAGUAACAUUUAAACAGCAUCAGACAUCUUGAAAAUGUCGUGUAAUUAAUGCACAUACUUUUUUCUCUUAAUGGAAAGGUGUUUUAUGGAAGACACAAUCUUCAUUCCUUAGCCUCCUUCGGAAAACAAGGUUUCAAAUUCACCAAACACUGACAUUUUGCAAACUGAUAUGAACCUUCAAUGGAGGAUGACAUGGAGCUGAAAGUACAAUUUGUAUGAUAGAUAUCCUAGCCUGCGAACGGCAGACGUUUUUCCUCGCUCAUCGCCGCUGAAGGACGUUUCCCAAGGAGGAACGUCUGCGACUCAGCGACAGAAAUUCCAUACUGAUGACGUAAAAUCUGUCCGGAAUCCGGUCGGAAGCACUGAUUGGUCGACGGAGUAGUUUCAUUGUUUUAGCUAUUGUUUACGAAUGACAGACAAAAGACAAAAGGCGGCAAAGGUCAAAUGUAAACGCGAUGAAUCUCUAACAAAACGGACGAUAUUUGUGGAAUAUAAACUGCUCUAGAAGAAGCAUUAAACAUAAACAUUUAACCCAAGUCAAAUUUAGAAGGAUUUGUGUGGAGUCAUCAGAGUAUAAUUGGGCUAAUAUCUCAGAGACAAUUUGCCCCGAAAUGCUAAUUUUUGGCAAGUAGGCGUCUUGGACGUUGUUCUUUCAAAAUAUCUUGAAAAUCCCACAAUUUCACAAAUUUAAUUUUUAUGACGUCACCACUUUAGAACUAUAUAUCCACAUGAACCUUGUAGGUAUUGGCCAGUAUUGCAGUGGAGGAAUCUUGAUGCAGAUUUACUCAACUGUAGCCAUGUUUCCAUUGCACUGAGUAAUCAGCUGCAAUGUAUGGAGAAUGCGAGCUCUCAUUAUGACGCAAAAGUAGCUCUCAGUAAAAUUAUGGCACACCUACUAGCUGAUAAAGGAGCAAAGCCUGGUGUAUGCCAAAGGCUUUCGGUGGAGGUCUUCUACACCUUGAAGUUGGAAGUAGCAUUUGAAAGGUAUACCUUAUAUUGAUACAUAUUUGUUAACCCUCAGAUAAGGAGACUGAGUCGUGGAGAAGUGAAUGGUGUAACUUGAAACAAAACGUUUGUUGCAUCUAAAGUGAAAGAAAAUUGUUUUGAUGUCAAGGGAACUCAAGUUAAUGUCUUUAUUACACAUGUUUGCUCUCUUCUGUUUACAAGAACAUUUUCCAUUUUAACUGUACCUGUUCGUGAAUGAUGUAAAGUAGUCAUUUUAACUGUAGGCGAUCUUGUUUGCACAAAUUUGAGAUGUUAUUAUCUUCCAUCAACCGUAUUUUUUACACAAAAGUGUCAACCAUCAUUUUUAUACUGGGGUCCACUUUACCGUAUAAUUUACAUCAGUGAAGUGUCUUCUACGUAGAAAUAGUUUUAUGUUUACCUUUGACUUUGUGUCUGGCAAACGUUGUGCUAUUUAUUUGUAGCAUCAACUCUUAGCAUCUUGAUUAGGCAUUGUAUUCUGCCAAGAGUGAUAAGACUUACCUUUUACCACAUAUUCUGAGCUGCAUCAAGGCUGUGCCCAAGAAAAAUUCUAGGGAACCUAUUCUUUGCAAAGCUGAGAUCUCCUAGUCUUGCUGGAUCAGUUUAGGUUUCUGGGGAACUGCGCACCUACCCCUCCCCUAAGCCAUCAUUUUGCCCUACAAAAUUGAUCCAUCUUGCUCAAGAGCAAAAGUUAGGUACCAGGGGCCUCCAUGUGCUGCUAGAGCACAUCCCUGUGCCCAGUAUAAUAAUAUUGAGAUCCUACAAUUAUUCAUUUUGCAAUUUUUGUCUCACCAAAUUUGCUCUUCUGGACCCAGUUGUUCAAAAGCUGGAUAACGCUAUCCAGCGGAUAAAUCUCUAUCCAGUGGAUAGUGCAAUUGGUUUCCCUAAUACUUAUCCACUGGAUAGUGAUUUAUCUGGCCCCGGUUGCUGAAAAGUUGGAUAGCGCUAUCCAUGAUAAAUCACAAUCUACUGGAUAAGUAAUAGGGAAACCAAUUGCACUAUCCGCUGGAUAGCGAUUUAUCCAGUGGAUAGCGCUAUCCAGCUUUUGAACAACUGGGGCCUGGUAAAUAGUACUAUCUAACGUUUGAACAACCGGGGCCUGUAGUGCAUAAUGUCUCAGAGGAAUAGUUGUCCUUUUGACUAUACAGAUACCUUCAGGUGGUGCCAAACAGCGGAGAUGAUGACAGUCUGCUGAUAGAACUGCUCCAUGUGUUAGAUAUUAUCCUUUCCAGUCCUCAUCAGCCUCCAGAGCCUGUGGUGGCCUGGGUAGCAAGAACUGUAUUACAUAGAGAUGGACCACAGAUGACUCUACUGCGAAAUGUUCAAGCAAGUGGUGCAAACUCACACACUGUCUCUGAGUCAAAAAAGUACAGUACUCCAUUUGUUGUCAUGACUGCUAACUAGUCGAGUAGAAACCCAAUUUAGAGGUUAAGCCAAGGUUAAAGGCGAAGCUCCCGUUAGUAAAUUUAUAAUUAACUUCAAACAAUUAACUUGUAACCAUUGCAAAGAAAUCUAUCAGGAGCUGAGCCUGCAAUCAGUUAAAAACUAGUAGCUUGUCAGCGGAUAACUUUAAAAAGCACGCAACCUCAAUGGGUAAACACCUGAGCCCACAAUAUGGUCAUGUGAUACCAGUCAGCAGAUACCCUGUUUUGACAGCUAUCCGUUUACCACAAUAUGGAUGUGUACUAUCAGGUUGCAGGCUCCCACACUAGCUAGAAAGUGUGAGAUUUUACAUGGAUUGUCCUGUGGUGCGGACAGAUGGACGGACGUACAGUCACGUGAUUACCAAAAUUUCUCGGAUAGAUAGAUAACCAAAUUUUCCCAGCUAUGGGGCUCCACUCGAGCGUGCGAACUCUAGCGGAGCUUUAUAAGGAUGACAUUAGCUAGGAAUGAUCAGGCGUAAUACUCUGGGUGUAAUAAAAGUAGUGACGUCCACCUCAAGAAAUGACCACUAUGUCAAAGCUUGACUUUUGCCUGUGACAUGAGAAAAACAACCUGGGUCCCAAAGAUCAGAGGUUAGUUCCACGCUGGCCAGUAAAACUGAUUUGGCAUUGCCUAGAACACUUAAGUGUUAUACUCAUGUGCAACCAAAUUUUAUUUGCAGAGCACUACGUAAACAUCUGCUCUCUUUCCUGGUGACUUUGGUUAAGUGUCUGUCUCAGUACACCAAGGGAUGGAGGUUGGAUAAAGAACGAAUUUUCAUAGGAGACUUAGCUUAUGCACUGGCCCUGAAUCUUGAUUUAGCAGAUAACCCACAGUUUUAUGAUCUUCCAGUGCUUGAGACCUCUCUAGUCUGCUUAGUACAUGUCACCGCCCAGCCUCACUGGAGCUCCUAUUCUAAAUAUUCUCAAGGGAUGAGCCUUUGUCUGCAACUUAUGUCCUCAUUGAUACAGGCAAGUAUUUUAGAUAAAGCAAUGUUCAAGUCAAAAGCAAAUAAGCAUUUGUUAAUUAACCACAGAUAGAGAUCGUGAUUUUGAUCUUUAUUAUCAUCGUCAUCAUCAUCAUCAUCUUCUUCUUCUUCUUCUACUUCUUGUUCUUCUUCUUCCUUCUCCUCCUCCUUAUCACCGUCGUCAUCAUCAUUGUCGUCAUCACCAUCACAUCAUCAUGAUUGUUGUAGUUGUUGUAAUAAUUUAUCGAGGGGGGCCUUUUUCUUUAUAAGCCUCGUGGUUUCCAUGGGCUUCCUUGCCAUUACCUUUUAAAUGUUUAGAACUUCUUUUUUUAUAUACCUUUAUGGAAAAAGAAUAAACUGAACUUAACUGAUCAUCAUCAUCAUCAUCAUCAUCGUGACCAUCAUAAUUCAACUGCCAAAAAAACAAACAAACAAUCCUAGUAGCCCUGCUUUGUGGCAUUCAAUUCAAAUAACAGUUCUUCUGUGAUCUUUAAGGCCAAUCAACCAAAACCUUUUGGUUUGACUCUUCUGUUGUCUUCCUCAGGUCGUUUUAGCUUUCCAUGCUGGCAGACUUGGUGCCAGUUCGUCUUUUAUGGGUAAAGGUGUUACUUAUUAUUCCAGCCUAUGUUUGGCUCACCUCACUCAUGAGAUGGCUGUCAUUGAUCCCACACAAGUAAGUCAUUGUUUGAGUUACUACAGUCUCGGUCAAAAUUGUUGAGACACUUUGUUGAGACAAUGUUGGUGUGCAAGAUUUGGUGAGUCAACUGCGAUAACCAACAUUGGGAGGACGAGGAGACGGGCCAGAAGUGGUAAAACAGCGCUGGGAGGAAGCGUCCCAACUAUUUUUGUGUGAGGCUGUAGGUUUGAGUAACUAUUUGAAGAAGUAGAUUCAAACGGCGGUAGGUAUGACAAUUACUUACUGUUUUUUUUUUUCAUAGAGGUGGGUUUCACAUUGGUUAAGAACUCAAGACCCUCAAGAAGAGCCACUUUCUUGGCUUGUACCUUUGUUGACAGACCGAUGGCCAGAUAUUCGUUGGACUGGCCUUUCUAUCUGUACAAGCCUUGCAGUCAGUGAGCAAGGGAGAGAAGUACUUAAAGUUGCUGGGCAGAAAUUUGUAGGGGGCUUAUGGAACUUUGUGCUUAGCAUUCUGUUGGAUGAAAUGGAAUGUGGUCUUGUUAGACAACAGGUUGGUUUGAUCUGUUGACGUAUUCCAAUUCUUUCUUUCACCAUCUAUGCCCUAGCCUUCUGCGUCGUAGACGUAAUUUAGCCUCGGUUAUUAACGUCUGCGAAGCAGCGCCGAGAUCCUUGUUCUGGGUCCCGUUUCUCGAAAGUCCCGAUAAAAAACGGGCCCGUUAAGCUGUUGUCGGUUGACAUGCAAGAUAGAGUUCAAUAGUUUUGCACCUAACAUGACAAGCCAAUCAUGGCGCGGACUCAAAUCUUGGUACACAGGUGGGGGCCUAAACCGAGGAUUUCGGCGCUGUUUCGCAGACGGGCUAAACCAGAGUCAGCUUCCUCUGCAACGCAGGCUAGCUAUGCCCUUAAAUAACCAUCUUUCUCAGAAGUAGACUACUUUUGCUCUUUAGUUAUCACCUUCGCUCCAAAAUUAAAUAUUUGUCUAGGGUCCGAUUUUAAGCCGUUUGGGUGAAUAAAUUACACUACCCCUAAAUUUAUGGUCAACUUUUCUGCCUGUAUAAUACCUAUUUACUUAUAGGCCUUUAGUUGUUGUUCAAGUGUACAUGAAUUGUUUUCUUUGCUAUUUAGGCAGGCCUACUGUUUUGCAGUCUGGUCAGUGGUCUGUCGCCUGCAAAUGCUGUCACUGAGUCUAAACAACCAGACCAACCCAAGGUAAAGACCUAUUUUACAGUCAAGCCAGGUCAAGCGUACCCUCCAAGAUUCCUGUAAUGAAUUUAUUUUUCGAAAGUUGACUCCGUUGGCAGUUGUAGAUUUCAGAUUCAUCUCGGCAUUCUUGCAAGUGUAAUGAGCCGAGAAUUCACACGCGAGUCAGUCACGAAAUUUCUACCUGCUCAGCUCAGCUGUCAGUUUCCCUGAAUUUGAUGCAAAUGUCUUCUAAGAAAUUUAAUCCAUUCAAAGAUUUUCAAUCUGACCAAAUACAGAGAAGUUCUCGUAAAAUAUUCACUGCUCAUUACGCAUGCAGGAAUGCCGAUUUGAAGUUGACACUAGUUUCGGGAACGACUAAUGGAUUCAUUUUUUCAAAUAAUUAGUUCAUGAAUAGAAUCCUGGGGGGUACGCAUGACCUGCCUUUACUGUAAUUGUCAGUCGUUGUAGAGACGGAUUUAUUGACCAAGUUAUCGCGCUGGAAAUGGCUUAACAGGGUUCGUACAUGUCAUGGAAAAUGAAAUUCUUAAAUUUCAUGACUUUCCAGGCCUGGAAAGUCAUGGAAAAUUGUUUGGUAGAUUAUUUAUUGCAGAUGUCAAAGCAAAGACAAAGAAAGAUAGAGACAGCUAAUUAAAUGUCACGAAUGAAGCUAUUUUGGUGGACACUGAAUUACAUCUGAUGGUAAAAAAUAUCACCAAAAACAAGAAUGGUUUUGAAAAUUUUCAAAAGUGACAGCUGAAACUAAGGUCAUGGAAAAAGUCGCGGAAAAUCGCUCAAAAGAGUACGAACCCUGGUUAAUAUUUUCCCCACGUUUGUAUGAAGCCCCUUGACAGUAAGGCGUGUUCUUUGUUUUGUUUUUAGAAUGGCUCCAAGGGAACUCAAGUUGUUCUCUCCUUACUUGAUCAAUUCAAGUUUUUCCAGAAGCUCUUUAACAUGCUCUCCAUCGGUACUUUUCCAUUGACGGACUCACAUGGAACAAACAGGGCCUGCCAGAGCUCGGCCACAGCGUCCAUCUCAUCAGGCACCGAUACAGACAUUCCUUACAAGCCCCUUAGUUCAACGUCCCGAUCCCAAUCACAGCCUGGCAGUGUGAGCUCAGAGGCCCAAACAACUACUACUGAAUCAGCUAAUGGAAAAGUUAGCCCAGGAAUCUUCUCUGUUGCCUCGCACACCUCUAGUACCAUGCUAUCAGGGGUGUCGUCAUCCGCACCGGAAACACAGCUCUCAAGGACACCCACAUCACUGGUGCCACUAAUUAAUGAAAGAGGUCUUCCAAGUGGGUAUGUUCUUGCGUACUUUCCGACUCACAGGCUGGCUUAAACAGGAUUUAUUCCACGAAUUGGCUCGUUGGACCCCUUUCUAAGAAUGUUAAAGGUCUUUUUUUUAGAACGGAGACGCAAAGUAUUUUUAGUUUUGCUUAACGUCUGCCUCUUAGCACUGUUCUCUUUAUAGAUCUUAAUCAACUGUAAGCACAGAUUUUCAUCGAGUGGUUUCAGCAAAAACAAGUCAGCCUUCCUUUCUCCCUUUUCUUUUGAACAUGUGAUGAUUAGUUUAUUUGAAUCAAAUCGCGAGCCAAAAAGUUGUUAAGAGUAAAGAAAUGCAGGCCUCUAAAGACACAGGUGUGCUUUAUGAUAUUUUUUUUUGUUUUACAAGCCAAAGCCCCGAGGGUGGUUAAUUCCAACAGAAGACAACUUUAAGAAUGACCUACAAUCCUAGAUAAAAGUCCUCGGGACAGUGAUGUAGUAUUCAUAAUUUUCUGUAAUUUCUUGGUGCUCUCAUAAAACAGUGCAACAUUUUUGAAAAUAUCUGGUACUUUUCUCUUUCCCCACCCCUUCCCCUUCCUAUACAAUGUUGAAACUCGGCGACCAAUGUGGACACACGCUUCCAACGUUGUUUUUGGGGUGGGGGAGUUGGGCAUGUGUAAUUUGGAAAAAAGCCUCACAAAUGCAAAUGUGUACCAAGACUUUUGUUCAUGAUUGUAGUUAUACCUGAUCAGAUCUGUUCUGUUGGUUUCAGUAUGUCCAGUGCAAGCAGCAGCAAUGUGAGUAGUUCAGCAGGUUCCACGGCAUCAUCAGGAACUACAUCAGUUUGUACAGGAUCCUCAGUCACCCCAGGACUUAUUGGUACAAUGGCGCGCCUGUUGCACAACGUAGUCUUCCUGUCUCCUGGACAUAUUAUUUCAGCUCUUAACAAGGCUGAGAUUCUGAACUCGCUAAUUGAGUAAGUAUUUGAAGGAGAAAUACACUGGACUCGCGAUUUUAUCGAAGGGCGAGAAAACUUGGGGUAAAGAUACAUGUACCUUGUUAGACCGGGGAAGGAAUGUUUUCAAUCAGUUUAUCAAGAGGUUCGAGAACUUAUCAGCAAGUGCAAUAAUAUGAUUAAUAGUAGUCAUCAACAACAUUGUCAUCAUCAUCAUCAGCAGCAGAAGCAACAGCAACAAACAGGAGCUCCUGCAUCAACUGAAUUAUUAUCUAAAAUGUUGUCAACUUAAUCACCAAUGACGUCAUCAACAUCAUUAUCAUCAUCAUCAUCAUCAUCAUCAUCAUCAUCAACACUAGCAUCAUCGUUUUUGUCAACAUAAUCAUCACCAUACCUUGUCAAUAACCAUCUUUCUCCUGGAAUAGUCUUUCAAUAUUAUGUAUCAAUCAGAUUGAAUAAUACAUUCAUGCACACAAACAGCACUAACUUCAACCUUUUGGAGGCGGCUACCUCCUGGAAGCAAGAGACGGGAUGCCGACGACUACCUCUCUCCGGCUCUGGAUUGAUAUGGUCUCGGUUUUAUGGUCUUUUAGCAUUAAACGUUUCCCUUUUUGUCCACAGCCAUAUUGAAUGCUCAAGAGUGCAAAGCUUCCUCAGUGAUAAAGACUCCUUGCCUCUGUCCACUGCAGCCAGAGUGGUUAUCAAGGAAAUACUCUCUAUGUACAGCGAUAUUUUGGCGUUCCUUCACUCUGUUGUGCAACUGAAUACUAUCAUCUGUUUCAAUUUGCUGCAAGACCAGGAAGCUCUUGACAGGAUUGUGCGGUUAUUUUCAAUAUCUUGCCCUUGCGCAGGUUAGCUCGUCCUAAUGUACGUCGCUUGUUUAAGUGUCACAAUAAGGAGCUAGGCAUCUAAUGCUUAAUUGGAUCAUUUUAAGAUUCUUAGAAACUAGCCACAUAACCUGCGAUUCCAUCCACCAGAGUGACGAUGGGUACCUUAAAGUUAUGAUGCCCACAUAAAGUAAUUCCUUAUUCCUCAUCGAGGAGGGACGGCAGUGAUUAGCGUUAAAGCACUGAAAAUAUUGAUUAGGGCAUUGACUAAAGAGAUUAGGCAUUGACUCGAGAUGGUUGUUAGGGUCGUCACUGUAAAUCUGUAAUUCAGAAACGUUCUGGCCAGAACGUCCGCCAUGGUGUAGUGGUAUGGACUACAAUCCCUGCGCUCUGAGUCGAUUUCUAAUAAUGCCUUUUUAAAAGUUUGAAGAGACUUAUCAGUGGUACUGAUCAUUGAUUCACAGAUGACACUCUUCAAAACCUCGUUUACGCUGCAUGGGAGAGUGUAUGCAGGUUCCUGGUUACGCUGCUGCAGAAGCAAGGCCAGUUGUCUGUUCCUAGCGUGGUUGAAGAGACAGUGUUUAGCAACUGGAGUUUAUUCACAGGUAGAUUAUGAUAAUGAUCUUUAAAUUGACUUCAGCUAAAUGGUCUGCAUGAAUUAACAUUUUACAGCCUUCUUGUGUCUGUAUACACGACCUCACUUACGGCGGGCGGUGUUGAGAAAAGGGUGACUUCCCUCUUUCUUGUGCAAGACCAAACUCUUACACAUAUGAAUGUGGGAACAACUUUUUGUGAUGACAAUAACCCGAGAUUUCUCGCUUUCGUCUACUCUUCAGGUGUGUUCAAAAGCUCCCUUAGAGAAAGCAAAUCCCCCUCCCCCUCCUCCCUAAGAAAUUUACUGCUGAAGCUCCUUGGUCUUCUUCUAACUUUGGAGGGCAAACGCUGCACUAACGGGAGAGGCCUGAGUGAAGAAAGAGGCGAUAAACCAGCAAAAAUGAAUCGCUUGAAUCGCUUAUUGGACACCAAGAUAGACCGUGCUCGUGGAGAUCAAAUGGACUCAUUAAAAGGCAACGGAGGGCAAAACGAACCUAAUGGUGAAAGCAAUGCAUGUACUGAGUCUACCGGAAGUGAAAUGUGUAGAGUUUUGCUUGAUGUUUAUGAACAUGCGCAAUCGCGGAGUGUAGGGGUCCCAGAUGAAGAGAGAGGCCUGGUGCCUGCAGUUCUCAGCUCUUUAUUGGCUCUUAGUAAGUCAGCCAAAGAUACAGCUUUACAAGGUGGGUAUGAGUUAAGAGGCAAAAAGGGGCACGAGUUUUUUUGUCGAGUAUAUAACUUAGCGCGUGCUCCAGUAGUUCAAGACUUUACCAUCUCAGCUUGACCUGAGCGUUGAAGGGUUGUUCGCUGAGAAGGGAGAGUAGGGGGUCAGCGCAGACAAACUUCAGUGUUAAAAGAGAGAGUACCGUAAAACGUUAACCAAUCAUAAGAGACGUAGGCAAAUCCAAUAAGCCAAUCAAAACCAGACAAUAAAAUACUUGCAUGUAGCUGCGUCAAGGGUGGGAAACGUGCGCUUGCAUGUCUACACUGGCUUCAGGAUUGCUCAGUUCUAAUUGGUUGACAAAUCAAAAACUGUGGUGACUGAAAACUACAGAAAUGUAAGUUUACUAAAAAAUACUUACUAAAAAAUGCCUGUGACCGUUUUUAGGGAUAGGGACAUUGUUUGGGUCAUUCAUCUAUUGUUUCGUUAGCUAAUUAAACUACUCCUUCUGAGCCAGGGAGCAUCGUGGCGCUCCUCAAAAACUCUACCUUUUCCUUCGCGGUCAUAGUGAUUCUUUCGUUAUCUAUUAUUUAUUAGUUUGCGACUUUCCAACCAAAGACUCUACACAGGGAAGCUUGUGUACACUAAAAUCGGUAGCAUUGAAGAAAUCCGCUGGGUCAGACAUUUUUACUUGGGAGAAUUUAGCCGCAUUGUGACCGCUCUCUUCUAUGCCUCUGUUUCCAUUGUAUUUUUCAACACAAAUGAAUUUCAGUAUUAAUUUUUCUUCAGCUGGUUUUGUUGAAACCUCGUUGGAGCACAUAAAACACGUGCAUGUCCAGCUAAACAUGAACUCACUGCAGCUUGAAAAAGGGCCUUCAUGGAAAGAGAAGGUAGGAGAACAUGCCCGUUGUCUCACGUUUUCCCGUACACUUUUUUUUCUGCUAACCUGCUAAAAAGACUAGGAUUGAGUAUUUAUUCCUGGAACGCGGAAUCAAUCUUUCCGUGUUUUUUCCCAAACCGUUGAAUUGACAAGUAAAGUUAUGGAAGUUUUCCUCUUUGAAUCGCAGUUAAUCUCGGGUUUAAAACUUCUAAAACGUUUUCCUUGGUAAUGAUAAUUCUCUGUAGGAAGAUCCCUUGGUAACAGAACUAAUGGACGCCAUUCAACUUCUCAGAAACUUCAUCCAUUGUAGUCCAGCAGGCAAGGUAAUCUGAGUUUUCUUUCUUAUUUUUAAGGUUAAUCUACCUAAACUACAAGUGAGCGUCCUUGAGCUUUUUCAAGUUCAGCUAUUCUGCGGUGGAAAAAUUACCAGAAUGUUCUCCUUCUGAAAGAAUCGUUAAACUUCUCCAUAGAGUUCCUAGUAUGAAACAAAAAGUUGACUGGAGAUGCUUAGCUUUAAUUUCAGCUCAGUUUUGUCGCAAAAUUGUGGAACUCAAUGUCAACUGGCCCCUACAGGGUCUUUAUUUCUUUAAAGAGGAUGGAAAGGAUAACAGGAAAUGCCCGUUAAGAUACAAAGUUAAGGAAACAUUUCAUCCAGCUACUAUGUAACCAUCAGCUACUAAACAUUUCAUCCAGCUACUAUCUAACCCCUAACCCUACCCCUCCCCUAACCUAACAUUUUGCGCUAAGUAAGAAGUAAAUGUUAGUGUUGGUUUAGGGGAGGGGUAGGUGGGCAGUUUCCCAGAAACGUAUAACGGUCCUUUUUUUCUGUCCAGACUGCUUGUUUGGAGAGUGGUAUUAUUGAUGUGCUGCACAAGUUAUGGUCCUGGUGCACGGUGGAGCCGCGUCUACUUAUCGAGGUGUUACGUAUCUUAUCCACACUGACAGCACAAUUCCCCAAAGGUGCGUAUUGAGUAAAACUAAUGUCCCUAGUCGCAGUUUACUUUGCACUAACGUUGUUACAAUACUGGAGAGUUUAGAAACAGCAAACGGCAUACUUGACCACGUGACUAUUUUUCCCGCCUUUUUUACGCUGGCCGUUUACAGCUUAAAGGUGAGGGCAUAAAAAACGCGAGAGAAAAUUUACUUCACUACUAUCGUUUUCGGAUACAUUAAUUAUCGUGUGAGCUUUUUGUCGUUUUCUUGAUGCUGAUUUCCCUUUUUAAGUGAAUACGCGUUUUUUCAAUCACUCUCGCGAUUAUUCGACGUUCUAGUUGCCGUGGCCGUCGUGGCAUCUUAAACUCCCUGCUAUUUCUUUCGCAGCAUCAGCAUAUAUCGCUGGCAGCUCUGGCGUCCCAGGAAGCGUCAGCCGCACCGUACAAAGCGGGAGCACAUUUUUGCACAGUCUUAUCAAGCUGACCAAUAAAACAAACAGCAAGCUUCAAAAUUUCUCCAGCCCAGAACUGGACACUCAUCUUGCUGUGUUAAGGGCCAUGUUUAAUCUGUUGAGUAACUUGGCCUUAAGUGCUGAAUGCAGAGGAGUCAUGUGGAAGGUAGGAUGUUGGGCAUAUCAUGUAAAUAUAUUUACUUACACCGCAUGACAUGGCGCAGUUCCAAUUAAAGACGCACACGCGCGCUUCUCUUUCUAUGGACCUAAGUACUUGCUGGUAUUUUUCCUUUGCGUGCUGCGUAUAUUAAUUUUUUUGCUUUAAUAGUAAAAUAGUAAUACAGUCAACACUCGCCUUGCUAACAGUUUUAUUGGCUGAAAAUUUGCUCCAACCAAUCAGAAGCACUACCCAUAUAUGGGCAGUGACGCGUCGUCAGUGUAGAAUUCCUGCUGUUCCCCAGACGUCAUUUCACGGGGAAAACAGUAGUGGCGCCGCAAAAAUGUCGGCUGUUUUUAUUUUCAGGCUAGUUCAUUAACUAAUGGCAAGAAUGAUUGCUUCAUUUGCUGAUUGAAUAAAAUUGUCUUGUUCAAACACCCUGCAGACAAACUUUCUCCAGCCCUUCUCCUCUUUGAAGCCUCUCACUAGUGGAACCCACCCCAAGCAGAGAUCAGUGACCCGAAUCGUGACCCUCUGUUGGCUCAGCUUACUGGUGAACGUAACAUUCUUCACAGAUGGGCAACAGGGUGUGGUCAAGACUCCUGGGGUAGUGGAGGUGCUUUUAGAACUGAGUGGAGCUCAGAACAAGCAGUUACAAGAGAAGGCCAUACUUGUGCUAAGGAAUUUGUGCUUUCAUGGGGCCAGCAAACCUGUUCUUUUGGUGAACGGUAAGUGAAGACAGAAGACAAGUUGCAAACUACGGGAAAAAAAUUACGUACAGUCUAGGCUUUUGUACCUCGUUCUCAAGGCGCUUUUCCACCCGCUUUCACUAAAAUGCGCCCGGGACGAUGAUGAGACGGAAGAAUCUGGUCCCUACUUUUAAAUCCUCCGGACAAGCGAGAGUAUUAAAGUACUAGCACUAGCCCGGAGGAUUCUUUUUAAAGUUACUUAACAAACUCUGCCUUCAAGCGGUAGUAGAAACAACUUUAAUCUAGUGACUCAAACAUGAAACUUGUGUUGCACAUUGCCUUUCUACCAUGGCCCGUUGGGAGUUUGGUAAAUUGUCGACAUCUGAACAAAACUAUGUUUUAAUCACUUGAUACAAGAGACGAUUGUCUCAAAACAAUAUCCUUUGUGAGGUGAAUGUCACACGUGCUGCACAUAUCAUGACAAUAAGGGUCUACGAAGUGGAAACUAAUUUGUAACGGCGUGGAAGGGUGGAAAGUAUUAGUUAACCGGUGGACCCCCAUAACAAGAAUUCAAAAUUUGCCGUUAAAUUAACCUUUCUUUUUCAUGUUUGUUUUCAGAGAAACUUCUUUCUCUUCUCGUGGAUUUUACCACGGACAGCUCCAUUUAUCUCAGAGCCUUGUGUUUGUCUGCUUUGUGCUCUCUGGUACACAACUGCCAAAAGGUAACUUUGCAAUACUUUCUCGUGGUAUACCUCGAAAAUUCCUCGAGUGCUUCGCUGUAGUAGCAAAGUUUUGUACACAUCAUAAGUUCAGACGAAGUUCUCGUCUGUGCUCAUGUUGUAAUGCCGAUGUUACUCAAGAUGUUUCACUUUUUCUUAGUGGAUUGUUUUGUCUUUUUUGUUUUGUUGCUUCCAGGCCAAAGUUUCAUUGAAGAAGACAGGAAUAGUAAAGAAACUUGAAGAAAUAAAGUCGCGCACAGGUUUGUCACAGGGUAACAUCUUAAUUCGAGUCCGUAGUAUAGUUAUGCAUGGCAUAUAUUAACAUAAUUAUAAUAGGGACUUUAAGGCUAUAUUCACUCUACACCGUGUAGUGAUAAGUGAUUUGACAUUGUUUUUAUUGUUGUUUCAGGGGGUGAACAAGCGAGCAUAGAAGAGAAAUACAGCAAAAUUUGCUAUGAUAGUGUAAAUACUUUACAAAAAAUGUUCUCCGAGCAAAGAUGA